GGCCUUUUGAAGAAGAUCUCGGGAAGUGAGAUAAAGCCAUCUCUGUACAUACCACGCAAGUGCUUACGCUCCUUGAAGAACAUACGCUGCUUGUAUCAUCCUUGAACUUGUUGACGCCGUCUGUACAUUUUGCCGCUGAACAAUGGCCCCUGAAAUCGACGAGGAGAUACUCGAUAACCCGGAGCUCUAUGGCCUGAGAAGGUCAGGAAGACGCCAUACCCAACCUGUCAGCUUUGCCGAGAGUGACGAGGAAGAAGAGGUUACCCGCACCAGAAGUAAGAGAAAGAAGAAACCGACUAAGGAUUACGAAGAGGAGGAAUCUGCCGUGGAAGAGGAGGAGGAGGACGACGAUGACGAUGACGACGAUGAAGAAUUUGGCGUCACCAAGUCCAAAAAGAGAUUCGGCAACAAACGUCGCAAAGUUACGAAAAAGUCCAAGCAACCUGUUCAGGAGGAGAUACGGUUCAGCUCGAGAAACAACAAGACUGUGAAUUAUAACGUUGACGUUGAAGAUGAUGACGAUUUACUCAUGUCUGACGACGACGAUGAUGAUAAUAAUGAUGAAUAUUACAAUUAUGAUAACAGCACCACAGAGCAGGAAUCAGCGCAAGUUGGUGUGGAUAUGGUUGUGGAUCAUAAACUCAUUGAUGAAACCCAACCGGUUAUGUUUAGAGACCUGGCACAGUGUAAGAAGGAGUACCAAUUCCUCAUCAAAUGGCAAGGUAAGGCUCAUAUCCAUAACACCUGGGAAACUUAUUCAAAACUUAUAGGCGCAAAGGGUAUUAAAAAGAUUGAUAAUUACAUCAAACAGUUCAUCAUUCUCGACUAUGAAAUUAGACACGACCAUUUCACCACUAGAGAGGAUAUCGAGGCAAUGGAUAUUGAAAGAGAAAGAAGAUUGGAUGAAAUGCAAGAGUACAAAAAAGUUGAGAGAAUUGUUGAUUCUGAGAGAUCCCUGGAUGACAACGGUGACGAAGUGCUCAAAUACUUUGUUAAGUGGAGAAGGCUCAAUUAUGAUGAGUCCACUUGGGAAUUGGCUGAUGAAAUUGUCAAAUUGGGUCCACAAGAGGUGAAACACUUCCAACAGAGGCUCAACUCAAAGAUCUUACCCUCCCUUUCAUCAAAUUAUGGCUCGUCGAGACCCCGUUUUGAAAAGCUCGUGGUACAACCGAAGUUUAUCAAGAAUGGUGAACUGAGAGACUUCCAGCUCACAGGUUUAAACAAGAGCGCCCGCCGGUGGUCUCGUAAUGAAAAUGGUAUCUUAGCUGAUGAAAUGGGUUUGGGAAAAACUGUUCAAACAGUGGCAUUCCUUUCAUGGUUGGUGUAUGCAAGAAGACAAAAUGGACCUCAUCUUGUUGUUGUGCCAUUAUCUACGAUACCCGCUUGGCAGGAGACUUUUGAAAAAUGGGCACCAGAUUUGAACUGUGUCUACUACUUGGGUAAUACACAGGCGCGCAAGACCAUUAGAGACUACGAGUUUUAUAGCAACAAAAAGGUCAAGUUCAACGUGCUUUUGACAACUUACGAAUAUAUUUUGAAGGAUGCAUCAGAACUCGGCUCUAUCAAGUGGCAAUUCCUUGCUGUUGACGAAGCUCAUAGAUUGAAGAAUGCCGAGAGUUCGUUAUACGAAGCAUUGAAUUCCUUCAAAGUUGCCAACAGAUUACUUAUUACGGGUACGCCAUUGCAGAACAACAUUAAGGAGCUUGGUGCCCUGGUUAACUUUCUCAUGCCAGGUAAAUUCCAAAUUGAUGAUGAGAUAGACUUUGAGUCCAGUGAUUCAGACCAGGAGCAGUACAUCAGGGACCUUCAAACCAGGCUGAAACCAUUCAUUCUUAGACGUUUGAAAAAAGAUGUUGAAAAAUCACUACCGUCAAAGACUGAGCGUAUUCUAAGAGUGGAACUUUCCGAUUUACAAACAGAAUAUUACAAGAACAUUUUGACAAAGAAUUAUGCUGCUUUAAAUCAAGGCUCUAAAGGAUCUCAAAUUUCUCUACUGAACGUUAUGAGUGAGUUGAAAAAGGCUUCCAACCAUCCUUAUCUCUUUGACAACGCAGAAGAACGCGUGCUAGCAAAGUUUGGUAAUCCAGAACACGGUAUUCAUCCGAGAGAGGAUAUUCUUAGAGGAAUGAUCAUGUCAUCUGGUAAGAUGGUGCUUCUUGAUAAACUUCUCACGCGUCUCAAAAAAGAUGGACAUAGGGUUCUUAUCUUCUCACAGAUGGUUAGAAUGUUGGACAUAUUGGGUGACUAUUUAUCCAUUAAGGGUAUUUCAUUUCAGAGAUUGGAUGGUACUGUCCCUUCUGCACAGCGUCGUAUCUCUAUUGAUCAUUUCAAUGCACCAGAGUCCAACGAUUUUGUCUUUUUGCUUUCCACUAGAGCUGGUGGUUUGGGUAUUAACUUGAUGACUGCAGACACGGUUAUUAUUUUUGACUCUGACUGGAACCCUCAAGCUGAUUUACAAGCUAUGGCAAGAGCUCACAGAAUUGGUCAAAAGAACCACGUUAUGGUGUAUAGAUUUGUCUCUAAGGAUACCGUGGAAGAAGAAGUCUUGGAAAGGGCCAGAAAGAAAAUGAUUCUUGAGUACGCCAUUAUCUCUUUGGGAGUCACAGCAAAUACUGGAUCAGGAAAGAAAAAUGAACCAUCCACUGGUGAACUGUCUGAGAUUCUGAAAUUUGGUGCUGGUAAUAUGUUCAAAGCUAAUGAAAAUCAAAAGAAGCUUGAAGAUUUGAAUUUGGACGAUGUCUUGAACCAUGCAGAGGACCAUAUUACAACACCAGAUCUCGGUGAGUCCAAUCUUGGAGGAGAAGAAUUUUUGAAGCAGUUUGAAGUGACAGACUACAAGGCUGAUGUUGACUGGGAUGAUAUUAUUCCAGCUGAAGAGCUUGCCAAGCUUAAGGAGGAGGAAAAGAAAAGACUCGAAGAGCAAUAUCUUCAAGAACAAAUCGACAUGUAUUCCAGAAGACAGGCUGCUAUCAAUAGAAUGCAGAAUCCAAAUGGUACACCUGAGUAUGACGAUGAUGAUAGUGACGAAUCGAAGAAAACCAAAAGAAGAAAGGACUACAACAAAAUCACUGAAAAGGAGGUGAGAGCCAUCUAUAGAUCUGUCUUGAAAAUCGGUGAUUUGACCAACAAAUGGGACGAUUUGAUUCAAGAUGGUACUCUACCGGAGAACAAAAACCCAGAACUGUUCAAAAAGGCAUAUGCCGAGCUUUUUGAAAUUGCCAGGGACUUGAUCAAGACAGAAGAUGAACGUCGUACAAAGAGUUUAGCUGACUUGGAGAAAGCAGUUAUUGAUUACAAGGAGAGGGAAAAGGCUGGUAAAACGGGUGCUGAACUUGGUGAUAAUCCUCAAGCGUUGUGGCAAAUCAAGCGUAAGGAACGUAAAGCAAUUCUGUUUGAAUAUAAUGGAGUCAAAAACAUCAAUGCUGAAGUGUUGAUCUCAAGGCCAGAAGAUUUGGAUAUUGUUCGUGAAGCUGUCGCUUCAUUUGAUGAUCCAUUAAACUUUAAGUUCAACACAGUUGUUAAGCCAGUGAGUGGAUGGACCUCAAACUGGAAUCAACAUGAUGAUGAGAUGUUGGUUGUUGGUGUAAGCAAGUAUGGCUAUGGUUCAUGGGUUCAGAUAAGAGAUGAUCCUUUCCUUGGUUUAUCUUCUAAAAUGUUUUUGAAUGAAGCUCCUGCAGCGAAAAAGACCGCGGGCGCUGAACCUAUUGAAAAGGAGGGCCAGCUCAAAACAGAGAACUCCACUGAGAUACCAACUGCCUUGACUGGUUCUGCAACCACCACAACUACAGCCACUACGACCCCUAACACUGCUGAGAAUGAUAAGGAGAAGAAGAAACCAAAGGACAACACAAAGAAAGUACCUGGCUCGGUGCACCUCGGUAGAAGAAUUGAUUACCUUAUAUCUAUUUUGAAAGGCGGUGAUACAGACGAUACAGCUAGUAACACACCUGGAUCUGCAACUCCGGUUGACGUCAAGAAAAGAAUGAGACGACCAAAAGUUGAAGGUAAGCCGUUGGUGAAGUCUGUUACUACAAAACUUGCCACGAAGGCCUCUAAGCCAUCUGCAGGUGUCAAAGGAAAAUCUAAGACACCAGAAGCUAAGGUGGUUAAACGUCACAAGAAAGAAGGUCCUUCGGCUGCUUUGCAGAGACCUGAUUUGCACAAAAGAUCCACACCAACACCAACCAAAGAUGAAGGGUAUGAGUCUAUGGAUGAAGAGAAAUGUAAAACCAUAUUGGAUCCAAUGCGUCACUCCUUAAAGAGAUUAAAGAAGGGAUCCACGGGAUUGGACCGUAAGGAAUGGGCGAAAAUUUUGAAAAACGAAUUGAUCAAUGUUGGUGAUUUCAUUAAUAAGACAAUAGAAAGCAAAGAUUCAACUGACAGGGAGAAACUGAGAAAACAUCUCUGGUUCUAUACAUCGCAUUACUGGCCAGCGAAGGUCAAAAGCAAGCAAAUCAUGGCCAUGUAUCAAAAAUUGAAAAGUUCAGAACAGGCCUAAGAGUCUCAUGUCUUGUUACUAUAUACAUUUGUAAUAUAAAAGAUCGCACAUUU